GGGCCGUUCUCUGGCGCGUCGCCGCCACGCCCCCUGUCAGUCUGGACGUUUGUCGCACGCACAUUCGCUGCUGCACACUCCUCGCCAAAUGGACACCCAGUUAAGCAUCAAAACCUUACUGACCGCUGCUCGACUUCUGGACGGAGGUCGCGAGGUGAACACCCUCGUACAACCUCAUCCCACUAUGCAAGAUGUGCCGACGGGCACGAUUCCGUCAUCACUUGAUAUGCAACCUCUAUAUGCUGAUUCCAUGCAGCCUGAACUCAGGGUUAUUAUCUCAAGGAAGAUGCGUGUUGAGCGGAAGCUUUGUUCCGCUUCAACAAGCGCUCAACCAUACUGUUCCUCGUCCCCGCCACGGAAAAACUCAUCGAAACACAGUCGAGCCGCCCACAAUGAGCUCGAAAAAACUCGCCGAGCAAAUCUUCGAGGAUGCCUGGAGACGCUGAAAACUCUCGUACCACCGCUUGGCGAUGCGUCUCGUAAUACAACGCUUGCAUUGCUGACGCGUGCCCGUGACCACAUCAAGCAACUGGACGAGUGCAACGCGGUUUUGCUUCAAGAACGGGAACGAUUAGAAGAGCAAAAGCUCCGAUUGCAAAAUGAGCUGGAACGCCUGAAAGAAAGCACGUCACAGUCGACGUCGCCACGUCCUUCCUCCACCACCUCGUCACGUCUUUCGCGUGAUUCCCCGAUUUUCCUCGAAUAUUCGCCAUCUUCGAAACCGGCUCAAUCUCCUCAGCCUAUAAUCAUUGACCCGAUAGCAGAAGGUCUACUUCCAGCGUUACCCAUUUGCUAUCCACGGCCAUCAUUAUAUCCCUACCUCGAUCUCACACCUUCUCAUCCUUGUGCCUCGUUUGAUAUGCCAUCAUUCUUGCCAAUUCAUCUCCGCGUAUGAUGAUCGUCAUCCCAUAAUUUCUCGCU